ACACUCUGGGACGUCACUUCCCACCCGAAAGAGGCUAGGCCCCUCUGGCCCCUGGUAGCCUAGCUGGAGCUGGUGGCACCCUGAGGAUGGGCAUCCUGCAUCUCAGAGGGAGACAGGAGGGGUCCUUUUUGCUCUCCCAAUGAAUGCAGCCCUCUUCUGCCUCUGCUGCUCCCUUUCCCUCCUUCAAAGGAGAUCCUGCAAAGAAGGGGCUUUUCUAGGCUGAUCUCUGCAGAUCCUUUCUCUUUCUCUCCAGGAUCCGCUGCUGGAGAGGGUCCCUAAGGCCAAGGAAGGAGGACCAAGGGGUCCCAUCAUCCAGGGAUCUCACCCUCCGCCUGGCACCGACCCAUCGCCGCCUCUCCUUUGUUCCAGAGAAGCAGAGCCAAGGGCUGUGGCUCCAAAGACAAGAGGAUGGAGAAAAAGAAAGUUUUAAUGAAAUCUAAUGUCGCUGCUUCCAAUCUCCUGAAAACAUUACAUUCCCUUUAUCGGGUUGGCCACUUCUGUGACGUGACAAUACACACAGAACAACCAGGAAUGCAGGGGGAAUUCCUUGUGCACAAGGCUGUCUUAGCAGCUUCCAGCAAUUACUUUAAAAGCCUGUUUCUCAGUGAUGAGAUGCUGAAUGCCAAGAAUUGCAAGGUAACCCUCCAGGGUGUUCAAGCCGAAGAAUUUGUUUCCUUCCUAACGUUUGUCUACACAACAGAAGUAGAAAUUGAAGUGGACAGACUGCAGCAGAUGAAGGAGGUUGCUGAAAGACUUGAAUGCCAGGACCUGCUUGAUGUGUUUGAAGAAAUGAAGAAUGCUGGUGGCAACUCACAUUUGAGGUUUAAUUUGAGAAGACGUAAAAAUGGUAGGUCUCCCUGGAGUGAAGCAGAACAAACAGAAGACAAAGGACAGAGUGACCCGUCCCAAAUUUUGUCAACGCCUAUCAGGUGGAACUUGUGGGACACAAAGAAGCAAACAAAACUAUCAGCUCCUUGUGAUAUUAAUGAAGGCAACCCUGAAUAUUGUCCCGAAACAAGGAUUGUGCUUGUAAAAUCUGAAGAGGAGCCGGAAACCAUAACCACACAUAACCAAGUAGACCUGCUCGAAGGUCACACCACAGAAGACACCAAUAAAGAGGAAAAUAGGACCAACCAUCCUUUACCAAAUCAGGUGGAUUCGAAAGAAACCCUAAUAGUUAUAAACAGGAUACUGCCUGGCCAAAAGGGAGUUCUUGAUGAAACCAAACUCAGGAAGUCACCACGCCAUAAUACAUCAAAGGCCUCGCCUCAGUUAUAUGUCUGUGACAAAUGUCAUCGUUCCUUCCAUUUUGCCAGGAAGUAUCAGGCACAUAUGGAACUGGAACAUGACACACAUUUGAUUAUUAAAUAUGGCUGCAAUUUGUGCGACCAGCUCUUUUCCAGUUGCCAGAAUCUAAAGCAGCACAAGCUCACCGUUCACAACAAUGAGCGAUGCUUCCCCUGCUUGUUGUGUGACAAAAAGUUUAAGCGGCAGAAGGAUAUCAAUGAUCAUAUCCGGAGGGUGCAUGAAAAGAAACGGAACCCUCAACAGUGCCCCCAGUGUGACAAGAUCAUCAGCUCUAAAUGUGGACUGACUGUUCACCUGCGCACACACACAGGCGAGAAACCUUACAAGUGUGAAUGGUGCCCAGCAAGUUUUGCUCAGAGAUCUGCCUUUAAUACUCAUGUAAGAAAAAUACAUGAGUCCAAGCAAGAUGGGAAACUCCCUUCAGGUUACUGGAUGAUAAACUCGCCAACAGAAGGAGACAAUAUUAUAGAUGAUGAUACAGGCAUGAAUAACAAAACAUCUCAUGAGGUAACAAGUACAGUCUUGCAAAGAGUAAUUGGGCACAAAAACACUGAGGAACCUGAGGGGGAAUCCAAGAAUUCACCAGCCGUGGAAAGGGAGUCUGGCAAUCAAGAUGAAAGCCCAGGGGACACUGCUGAAAUGAGUAUUAAAAAUGGGGAAAGUGAUGAAUACAGGAUUGUGGUUAUAGGUGGCAGUGUUAAAGGAGAAGAGGAAUGUGAAGCAGAAGUAGAUGACAGUGAAGAUCAGGAUGUGCUUUCUUUAGCUGACGCUGACAAUGAUCCUGAUUACCAAGAGUCAGAAGAAAGCAAAUCAGACACCGAUGACAAAAUAAGCCAAGAUGAGAUAGCGAAAAAGUCUGCCUAUGUCAUAGCAUGCCCCAAAUGUGAUGAGACAUUCAUAUCACGGAAGAAAUACGUCGACCACUGCAAAGAUGUCCAUGAUUCUUUGCCUAGUAAAGUCUAUCAGUGUGACAUCUGUAACAAGUCCUUUAUGAGUUACAACACUUGGAAAGAGCACCGAGCCUGUGUUCACUCGGAGGUCAGGCAGUUUUCUUGCACCCUCUGUAAUGCCACCUUUAAAAGAAAGAGGGAUGUGAGGACACACAACAUCCGGAAACAUGAAGGGAGAGUGAAGCGUCCCCUCUGUUCUGUCUGUGGAAAGAUCCUUAGUUCAAGAACUGCGUUAGUAUUCCACAUGAGGACCCAUACAGGGGAGAAGCCAUAUCAGUGUGGCAUUUGCAGUUCAAAAUUUGCUCAACCUUCACAGCUCAAGAUUCACUCCAGGUCCCAUACGGGGGAAAAGCCCUAUAUCUGUGACGAAUGCGGGGCAUGCUUUGUGGAUAAAGGCAAGCUUACUAGUCAUAAGAGAUCACAUACAGGAGAGCGUCUCUUCAGAUGUGACGUGUGCGGAAAACAUUUUGCUACCAAUGAAUAUUUAAAGUGUCAUAAGCGCUGCCACAUGGGAGCCAAGCCAUAUAAGUGCAAUGUCUGUGGAAAAAGCUUUGGUCUGAGAGCUUCAUUAGCCCAACACAUUAAUGUUCAUGCAGAGACGCCUCCUUAUUUCUGUGAGCAAUGUGGAAAAACGUUUACUCAACAAGGAGCCCUGAAGCGUCACCAGCGGAUUCACACUGGCGAGAAACCAUACAAAUGUAGGGCUUGUGAGCGAACCUUCACAGAUAUGUCUACUUUGAGGAGACACGUCUUGGUCCAUGAUCGGAAUGCUCACUGGAGGAGUUUCUUAAUAGACCUUACUGUCAAAAAGGACCGUAACUGGUCCAAAAUAGAGACUGUAUCUAACAUCUCUACGAGAGAGGAUUCCACUUCUAUUGGUUCUGGUGACCCUAGUAGACUUCAUAAACCUGAGAGCACAAGUGUAGAAAUGGCAGAGGAUGUAUCAUGUAAUAGUAGUAUGAGAGAUUCUGACCAUUCCCUUACACAUUUGUAAGCAUUAACUGUCAGUGUACAAGCAUUUCACAUGGUCUCAAGAUGUCCCUCUUGUGGGAACAUCCUCCAUCUGCCCACAUGUUCUGCAGAUAAACCACGCUAGCCGUUUCAGCAUCACUAGAUGGGAGAUUCAGCCUCUGGGCAGCUCAGAGCUUAACGUGGAUAUGCUUUGUGCAGUUCCUCUGUGUGCAAAGGCUGAAUAUGCCCAGCAUGAGGUUUUAUAAUUAAGUACAGAUACAUGCAUACACACAGUUGAAGGAGUCUAAACAGUGGUGGCAGAGGGAAUUGAAAGUACAGACAGUGAACUUCACAGUGACUAUUUACAAAAUAGUUUUUGACAUUCUGCCACUGGAUAAGCCAGUUGUGUAGGAUAUGGCAGUGAGAGGGAAGUUUAUCCUGACUCACGCUGCAGGAAAUUGAGUUGAACUUUUUGAUGAAUCAUAAGCUAAGGACUGUUACACUCUGCCAAAAUAAAGCUGCUUCGGGUCUCUUUGGAGGUAUGCUAUUUAAAUGAUGCAU